AUGCUGCCUCCAAUAGCUUGGGCCAACACUAGUACCAUGCUACUGGGACACCUGGAUGGAGCCGACCUCGGUGUUCUUUGCUGUUACUUCAUAAUUGUUUUUGCCGUGGGAAUUUGGUCUUCGUGUCGAAAUCGAGGCAGUGUCAGCGGCUACUUCUUGGCAGGUCGCUCAAUGCAUUGGAUACCGGUGGGCGCCUCUUUAUUUGCAAGCAACAUCGGUUCGGGCCACUUCAUCGGACUGGCUGGCUCGGGUGCCUCCAGUGGCAUUGCAAUUGCCAUGUUUGAGUUUAAUAUUGUCACGGUCCCCGAAUACCUCUGUAAGCGACUAGGUGGUCAAAGAAUUCGAGUAUACUUGUCCGUAGUUGCUCUCCUUCUCUACAUUUUUACCAAGAUCUCGGCUGACUUAUAUGCAGGAGGUAUUUUUAUUCAACAAGCAAUGGAAAUCUCCAUCUACCCUGCGGUAAUUUUACUCCUCAUAAUCUCAGCGCUUUUUACCAUUAUGGGAGGUUUGACUGCUGUCAUUUGGACGGACUUUGCUCAAACCGUUAUCAUGGUUAUUGGUGCCUUUUACCUCUCCAUCAGAAGCCUAUACCUAGUGGGAGGUUUCGAAUCACUGUUAGUCAACUACUUCAAUGGCAUUCCAAACACCACACGAGCGUAUAAAAGCGUGUCCUUCAAUCCUGGAAAUCAUUCAUUGACCUCUCUAAAUCCUGACCUCUACGGUGAUAAUGAGGAUCGUGAAAAAAUUCGUCUAAUGGCCGGCUCUGCGGCGACUGGCGUUGGCAUGUAUGCGGAGUGUCAGAUACCUGCAGUUGACGCAAUGAACUUCUUCAAAUCAGUCUCCAGUCCCGAUCUCCCCUGGACUGGAGCGGUGUUUGGUCUCACCAUUAAUGCUGUGUGGUAUUGGUGCACGGAUCAGGUGAUUGUCCAACGAACUUUAGCUGCUAAGAACCUCUCGCAUGCCAAAGGCGGUAUUAUUCUAGCCGCUAUCAUAAAAGUUCUUCCCCUCUGGCUUAUGGUUGUGCCAGGCAUGACAGCUCGAGUGCUCUUUGCAGGUAGGCGUGAGGUGAUCGAGUUAUUCCGUCCCCUUUGCUCUGCGUAG